UGACCCGCUCCAAAUCAGUGUUAGGGUUUCAGAAAGCGCACUACGUUCCCAGCUAGAAGCACUUGCUCGAUCACACAGUUGGAGAAUCAAAAAUGGGAAAAGCAAAGAAAGCCCCCAAAUUCGCGGUGAUGAAGAAAAUGGUUACUCACAAAGCUAUCAAACAGUACAAAGAGGACGUUUUGAACCCUAAUAAGAAAGAUUUGACUAAAGAAAAGCUCCCCAAAAACGUGCCUUACGUUUCGUCUGCGCUUUUCUUCAAGUACAACACAGCUCUGGGACCGCCUUAUCGAGUUCUGGUCGAUACUAACUUUAUCAAUUUCUCCAUUCAGAAUAAAUUGGAUUUGGAGAAAGGAAUGAUGGAUUGUUUGUAUGCCAAAUGUACUCCGUGUAUAACAGACUGUGUUAUGGCUGAGCUGGAGAAGCUGGGUCAGAAGUACCGUGUUGCUCUUAGAAUUGCAAAAGAUCCCCGAUUUGAAAGGCUUCCCUGCACUCACAAAGGAACAUAUGCUGAUGAUUGUAUUGUCGAGAGAGUUACUCAACACAAGUGCUAUAUUGUCGCAACAUGUGAUCGAGAUUUGAAGCGUAGAAUACGCAAGGUCCCUGGUGUACCAAUCAUGUACAUUACUCAACAUAAAUACUCCAUUGAAAGGUUGCCUGAAGCAACAAUCGGUGGAGCUCCAAGAUAUUGAGUACGUGUUUCGAGCAGUCAAACAAUGGAAUUUCCAAGACCUUGGAUAGUGGUUCGAAUUCCCAUCACGGCUGUCGCUGCAUAGAUUACCAGAUCUCGGUGCGUUGUGCAACGAAAAAUGCUGAAGUAUCAGUCGAAUCUCAAUUUUGUACCCGGUGGAUUGUUAUGUGUUCCUCAAUGAUAAAGAAAUAUGUUCGAUUUUGUUUAGUUAGUAUCUCUAGGUGCUGCCCCCGUGUGUCUUAAUUAAACAGCCAAUAGCGGUGUCCUAAGGCAUUCCAAACAGAACUAUAAUCCAUGCCUCCUUUAAUGUGUAAGGGGGUGUUAUCAACCUUGUCUGAUUUGGCCAUCUUUCCUUUGCCACAAUUUGUGCUCACAACAAACUCUCUUGCUCUGAUGAAUCGGAUUAAGCUGCCUCUGGUUACGACUUAA